AUGGGCUUUUUCCCUGCUCAGAUUACGGGGUCUGGACUUUCCAACCUAGUGAGCUUUGCCUUUGGUGGCCUUCUAGGUGAUAUAUUUUUACAUUUACUUCCAGAGACAUUCACUCAAUCUGGAACAGAUGUUUUGGGCCAUGGAUUAGGCUUAUUUAUGGGUUUUAUGAUGUUCUUUAUGGUGGAUAAAAGUCUUCGAAUAGUUCUGCACAACCCUGGAGAGAAACCUUUGAAUAACCAUAAUCAUAGUCAUACGCAUGAGAUAUCACCUGACACAUCGGCAAAAACAUUAGCUUAUCUAAAUUUGAUCUCAGACUUUGCUCAUAACAUUACUGAUGGAUUAGCUCUUAGCUCUGCUUUCUAUACGUCUCAAGCUGCCUCAUAUAGAUCCACUCUAGCUUUACUACUACACGAACUACCUCAUCAAAUAGGUGACUUUGGACUACUCAUUCAGAGUGGAUUUUCCAAAAGACAGGCCAUCGCAUCGCAGUUUAUCACGUCCUCGGGGGCAUAUUUAGGUGUUUUCCUGGGUAUAGUGAUUCAGCAAGGAUGUGUAUUAUCGUUCACUUCUCCCAAAUUAACUUCCAUUUUGGGUUAUAACUUUUCUUUCAAUGAUCUGACUAUGCCAUUUACUACUGGUGGUUUUAUAUACAUUGCAUUCUCCAUUCUUCCUGAACUCCUAGAAAUUCCUCCCCAUGCAGCAAACAAGAAGGCUACAAUUAGAUUCCUUUCAGAUUUAUGUUUCAUUUGCAUUGGCUUCUUUUCGUUGUUCUACAUGGAAAUGAACGAAUAA